AUGUUCCUAUGUGGAAAUCCGGUCCUUAUUGUAACACCCUUGCAACAAUUGCUAUUAUUUUACAAAAUCGGUCAAGAAGUUCAAAAAUGGAGCGGAUGUAUGAAGCGAUCGGAUGACGGUGGGGCCACGUGGUCGGAAAGAGAACAACUUCCUCCCGGCAUAUUGGGACCGAUUAAAAAUAAGCCAAUCUUGCUAGAAAACGGGGACUUGCUCUGCGGAUCUUCGGUCGAGAGCUGGAAUUCUUGGGGUGCAUGGAUGGAGAUAACUGCGGAUUUAGGCCGAUCGUGGAGAAAAUACGGGCCGAUAUACAUUCAAAAUAAAUCUCUAAGUGUGAUUCAACCCGUUCCUUACAAAACCGCAAAAGGAAAUUUACGUGUUCUUUUGAGAUCAUUCGAGGGUAUUAAUAAAAUUUGCAUGUCCGAAUCGAAUGACAACGGUCACACAUGGGAUUACGCGAGGCCAACCGAAUUGCCAAAUCCAAAUUCAGGAAUUGACGGAGUCAAGUUGAGCGACGGGCGUUUAGUGCUUGCUUACAAUACAAUUUCGCGGGGUGUGCUAAAAGUUGCGGUUUCUAUAGACGACGGUGACACCUGGCAAGAUGUUGUCACGCUAGAAGAGAACGCGGGAAUGGAGUUCUCUUAUCCAGCUGUUAUUCAAUCAAAUGAUGGAUUAGUACACAUCACUUAUACUUAUAAUCGGACACAAAUCAAGCAUGUUGUCUUUCGACCUAAUUGAUUGAACGGAGCGCGUUCGGGGAAGCAUUUUUUGCGGAAAGGUACUUUAUUUUCGGCAUCGAAGCGUAUUAAAUACGUAUUUACUUUCAUUUGUAUUUAUAUAUUAUUCAUCAAGACGAUGUUUUUGUUAAUUAUUAAAGCCCCGAAUCUGUAAAUUCAGGUUCGUGUAUUAUAAACUCUCUUUGGAGUCAUUCCACUUUGGGCUUUUGCAUCGUAGACCUGCAAAAAUGGAUCGGGAGGGGUGCCCCCAGCGAUAGCACUCCGACGCCCAAAUUAGAAUACCUCCAAGUCUCGUA